AUGUUGUCUGAAUCCUUAGUUGCGGCGACGUUAUCGUCCGCAAAAACUCCGACAGCCACGCUAAGAGACGUUGGAAUUUGCGUGCAGGAACUCCAGCCCGCGCCCCAGUUACGCGCCACAUUCAAGAAGAGCUCGGCUGCAGCCAAUUGCCUCGCAGUGACCGCCUCACACAUUUUCGCAGCCCAAGCAGACAAAGCUGUUGUCCAUGUAUACAGCCGCGAAAAGGGGAAUCAAGAAGCUCUUAUUCCUUUCCCAGAACGCAUUCGCAGCAUUGCCGUUGCGGGAGCGAAGUACGGCGAUGUACUUGUCCUCGGAACAGAAGGUGGCCGGUUGCUUUUAUGGGAGACAUGUACUGGCCGUCAAGUAGCCACUACCGCCUCUCAUCUCCAGCCCGUCACCUCUCUCGUCGUUGACCCCACCUCGAAUUUCAUUUUGUCGGGAUCUGCCGAUGCCAGUAUACAUGUCUGGUCGAUCGCGAGCAUUUUAUCCUUCUCUAAAACUGCUCUAGCCCGCGACCAUCAGCCCACAAACUCACCGAUCCGAACAUUCUCCAACCACCGCGCUGCGAUUACGUCUUUAGCCCUUGGACACAGUAAUAGCCGCCAGAACAUCGCUGUAUCCACCGCGAAAGAUAACACCGCCAUAGUAUGGGACUAUCACACCGGGCGUACUCUGCGAACAUAUCUCCUCCCGUUUUCUGCAACAUGUGUAGCUCUGGAUCCACUCGAUCGAGCAGGAUAUGUCGGGUACGAAGACGGAAGCGUGCAAUCGAUCGAUUUCUACCGCCACAGUUCUGUACAGCAUCAACUGUAUGACCCGUCUCUGCAAUCUACCCCUGCUCAGGUGUCGACUGAAGAGCGGUGGCUUCCACCAUCUGCCGAGACGGGUGCUACUCAAGCUGUAUGCGUCUCAUACGAUGGCACCACCUUGCUAUCUGCGCAUGAAGGAGGGAAAGUCUUGUCAUGGAAUGUUGCGCGGCACAAAUUCGCCGCCUCAACCGCGGACUUUACCCACCCAGUAACAAACUUGAUCAUGCUGCCGCCAACCGGCUUACCAACCUCAGACCAAUCGCAGAGAAUAACCCACACUGUCAUUAAGCCGCGCCAUGACACCGCUCUCUCAGACCCUUCCCAUACUUCUGGCGCUGUCCCAGCUGCCUACGCAUUCAACACACACAUCUCCACGCCAUCAAGCCCCAGACUUCGUAAACCAACCCAAUUCUCUGAAGCCCUGACACACAGAUCCUUUCCGGAUUCACUACUAGAUGAAGGCCUUGCUGAGCUUGCUACGCUUCGACAGCCAGGUGGUACUGAGGUCUCACGCACGUCACCUGUCACCUCUGCGACCUCUGACCACUCUGCAUCUGCACAGGCUCAAGAAAGCCACAUUGCAGAGCUGGAGGAGGAAGUUGCCUUGCUCAAGAUCAGGGCGGCGGCCAAUGACAAGGCUCGACAUGCGUCUGUUGAUGAAAUCGUGCAGCUACGAGCGGACCUUGCUCAGCUGCAGGAUUAUGUCAGCGAGCUACAUGAGAAACAGGAGGGAGCGCAACGUGACAAGCUCCUGCGGCAAGCAAGGAAGGAAGAUCGCGAGACCAAGAGACGGGAUGCAUGGUUUGCCGCCGAGAAGAAGGGUCGCAAUGGCGACGCGGCUAUGAAGAAGAUGGACAUUGAUGACGGUAUGCUGACCAGCGAUACGGAUGAACAAGGGGAUGAAUGA